UGAGAGGGCAGCGGCGGUUAGAGGUUGCGAGGAGGCGGGGCGACCGGGAGAGCAUAGGAGCUUUGGUCCGUUCUCCCUGCUCUCCUUUAUCCUUAGGGGUCGGGGACGGCCUGGUGCCUGGUGUAUGGCCACGGAGUUACGGUGUCUGGACUCCAUGCCCUGUCACAACCAGCAAGUAAACUGUGCCUCGACCCAAAACCCCGAGCCGCAGCAAGCUGGCGAACUGAUCCCGGACCAUGCCGGGGGAAACAGCGACUUCGCGGGCAAGCUGACUCUCCUCAGGGGGAGAGUAAGCUCUUCUAGCGUACCGGCUGAGCGGGACUCACAGGCCUGCGGCGGCGCCACCCUCAACUCAGAGAGCAACGGUGGCACUGGCAACUCUGACGCGCCAGCCAGCGACUCCCUCCUAGGGGACUGCGAACUCUCCCGACAGAUCGGGGCGCAGCUUAAGCUCCUGCCAAUGAAUGAUCAGAUCCGGGAGCUGCAGACCAUCAUCCGGGACAAGUUCCUGUAUCCUAGUGAAAAAUGUCAUGUCUCAAUAAUAGUCUGUUACAGGACAGCCAGUAGAGGGGACUUCAUGUUUUCUGCGGAUCGUUUGAUCAGACUUGUUGUGGAAGAGGGAUUGAAUCAGCUACCAUAUAAAGAAUGCAUGGUGACCACUCCAACAGGGUACAAGUAUGAAGGAGUGAAAUUUGAGAAGGGAAACUGUGGGGUCAGCAUAAUGAGAAGCGGUGAGGCAAUGGAACAAGGUUUACGAGACUGCUGUCGAUCCAUACGAAUUGGAAAGAUCCUGAUUCAGAGUGAUGAGGAGACACAAAGAGCCAAAGUAUAUUAUGCCAAGUUCCCCCCAGACAUUUACAGGAGAAAAGUCCUUCUGAUGUAUCCGAUUCUCAGCACUGGAAACACUGUAAUUGAAGCUGUAAAGGUUCUCAUAGAACAUGGAGUUCAACCUAGUGUUAUUAUCCUACUCAGUCUGUUCUCCACUCCUCAUGGUGCCAAAUCAAUCAUUCAAGAGUUUCCAGAGAUCACAAUUUUAACUACUGAAGUUCAUCCUGUUGCACCUACACAUUUUGGACAGAAAUACUUUGGAACAGACUAAGUUAUUGAAGGAAAAUUAUUCUAUUGUGUAAUAUUACAGUUAUGAGUUUCUACCUGUUUGACUAAUUCACUUGAGGAAUGACAUAGAAAAUCAUUUUAAAGAUACUUUGUAAGUUUUGGAAAUAGGUAUAUUAAAAGGAAAUACUUGAGGUUUGUUUUUUUAUUUAGCUAUUUCUUGACCGUUGGCACCAAAUUCAGCAAUGAAGCACACGCAGCUCUUCAAAAAUAUUUUAAUAAUGUCCUUAUGCAAAUUGCUGAUCCAUCAGUGCAUUAAACUGUUCCCUAAUUUAUGAACCUCAGUUUAGAGGUUGCUUGCAGCCACAAGUAAAACCCAAAUGGGAGUCAGUUCAUUGGCCCACUCUAGUUUGCAUUUUGUUUAGUUUGCUUUUAGUUCUAGGGAGAUUUCAUAUAUGUGGCUGUUGUCACCUUCCUCUACUCUUUACUUCCUAGUACAAUACACACUGGUAACUUGGAGAGGAUGAAUAAAGAAUGCCUCAUAUAAUUUUACGUUUCCAUUAGUGUCCUUACUCAGUUGGCAGAUCCAGGGUAUACAGUUAGCUCUUCGUUCAAGCCAUUAUGUUCUUCAUGGCUCACUUCCUACCAUGUGCAUUGUUGGUAGGUGCCUUGUCAAGUGUAAUGCAGUGAAGACGAUGGUGGGGCAUUCCAGCAACUGGAAAUGUAACACUAAUUGCUCAGACUGAACCAGGGAUGUCUGGAUGUUGACAAGGGAGGGCUAAAUACUGUUAAUGCCAUCAAUGACCUAGAAAUGAAUUGGUGGUGAUUUUUCUGAGGUGUGGGGGAAUGGAUGGUUUUUUGCUGGGCGUAUGGCCAAUAAGUAAAUUAAAAUGCUUCAUUUUUGUGUUUUCAUAUAAAUUGUGAAAUUUUUUGUUCUAGUUCUGUGAAAAAUGCCAGUGGUAGUUUGACAGGGAUUGCAUUGAAUCUUGUAGAUUGCUUUGUGUAGUAGAGUCAUUUUCACAAUGUUGAUUCGUCCAAUCCAAGAACAUGGUAUAUCUCUCCAUCUGUUUGUAUCAUCUUUAAUUUCUUUCAUCAGUGUCUUAUAAUUUUCUGCAUACAGGUCUUUUGUCUCCUUAGGUAGGUUUAUUCCUAGAUAUUUUAUUAUUUUUGUUGCAAUGGUAAAUAGGAGUGUUUUCUUGAUUUCACUUGCAGAUUUUUCAUCAUUAGUGUAUAGGAAUGCCAGAGAUUUCUGUGCAUUAAUUUUGUAUCCUGCUACUUUACCAGAUUCAUUGAUUAGCUCUAGUAGUUUUCUGGUAGCAUAUAUAGGAUCCUCUAUGUAUAGUAUCAUGUCAUCUGCAAACAGUGACAGCUUUACUUCUUUUCCGAUUUGGAUUCCUUUUAUUUGCUUUUCUUCUCUGAUUGCUGUGUCUGAAACUUCCAAAACUAUGUUGAAUAAGAGUGGUGAGAGUGGGCAACCUUGUCUUGUUCCUGAUCUUACUUGAAAUGCUUUCAGUUUUUCACCAUUGAGGAUGAUGUUUGCUGUGGGCUUGUCAUAUAUGGCCUGUAUUAUGUUGAGGAAAGUUCCCUCUAUGCCUACUUUCUGCAGGGUUUUUAUCAUAAAUGGGUGUUGAAUUUUUUCAAAAGCUUUCUCUGCAUCUAUUGAGAUGAUCAUAUGGUUUUUCUCCUUCAAUUUGUUAAUAUGGUUUAUCACAUUGAUUGAUUUGUGUAUAUUGAAGAAUCCUUGCAUUCCUGGAAUAAACCCCACUUGAUCAUGGUGUAUGAUCCUUUUAAUGUGCUGAUGCAUUCUAUUUGCUAGUAUUUUGUUGAGGAUUUUUGCAUCUAUGUUCAUCAGUGAUAUUGGCCUGUAGUUUUCUUUCUUUGUGACAUCCUUGACUGGUUUUGGUAUCAGGCUGAUGAUGGCCUCGUAGAAUGAGUUUGGGGGUGUUCCUCCCUCUGCUAUAUUUUGGAAGAGUUUGAGAAGGAUAGGUGUUAGCUUUUCUCUAAAUGUUUGAUAGAAUUCGCCUGUGAAGCCAUCUGGUCCUGGGCUUUUGUUUGUUGGAAGAUUUUUAAUCACAGUUUCAAUUUCAGUGCUUGUGAUUGGUCUGUUCAUAUUUUCUAUUUCUUCCUGAUUCAGUCUUGGCAGGUUGUGAAUUCCUAAGACUUUAUUCAUUUCUUCCAGAUUGUACAUUUUAUUGGCAGAACUAUCAAACUCUUAGAGGAAAACAUAGGCAGAACACUCUAUGACAUAAAUCACAGCAAGAUCCUUUUUGACCCACCUCCUAGAGAAAUGGAAAUAAAACCAAAAAUAAACACAUGGGACGUAAUGAAACUUCAAAGCUUUUGCACAGCAAAGGAAACUAAACAAGACCAAAAGACAACCCUCAGAAUGGGAGAAAAUAUUUGCAAAUGAAGCAACUGACAAAGGAUUAAUCUUCAAAAUUUAUAAGCAGCUCAUGCAGCUCAAUAACAAAAAAACAAACAACCCAAUCCAAAAAUGGGCAGAAGAACUAAAUAGACAUUUCUCCAAAGAAGAUAUACAGACUGCCAACAAACACAUGAAAGAAUGCUCAACAUCAUUAAUCAUUAGAGAAAUGCAAAGCAAAACUACAAUGAAAUAUCAUCUCACACCAGUCAGAAUGGCCAUCAUCAAAAAAUCUAGAAACAAUAAAUGCUGGAGACGGUGUGGAGAAAAGGGAACACUCUUGCACUGCUCGUGGGAAUGUGAAUUGGUACAGCCACUGUGGAGAACAGUAUGGAGGUUCCUUAAAAACCUACAAAUAGAACUACCAUAUGACCCAGCAAUCCCACUACUGGGCACAUACCCUGAGAAAACCAUAAUUCAGAAAGAGUCAUGUACCAAAAUGUUCAUUGCAGCUCUAUUUACAAUAGCCCGGAGAUGGAAACAACCUAAGUGUCCAUCAUCGGAUGAAUGGAUAAAGAAGAUGUGGCACAUAUAUACAAUGGAAUAUUACUCAGCCAUAAAAAGAAACGAAUUUGAGCUAUUUGUAAUGAGGUGGUUGGACCUAGAGUCUGUCAUACAGAGUGAAGUAAGUCAUAAAGCGAAAGACAAAUACCGUAUGCUAACACAUAUAUAUGGAAUUUAAGAAAAAAAAAUCAUGAAGAACCUAGGGGUAAGGCAGGAAUAAAGACACAGACCUACUAGAGAAUGGACUUGAGGAUAUGGGGAGGGGGAAGGGUGAGCUGUGACAAAGCGAGAGAGAGGCAUGGACAUAUAUAUACACUACCAAAUGUAAGGUAGAUAGCUAGUGGGAAGCAGCAGCAUAGCACAGGGAGAUCAGUUUGGUGCUUUGUGGCCGCCUGGAGGGGUGGGAUAGGGGGAGUGGGAGGGAGGGAGAUGCAAGAGGGAAGAGAUAUGGGAACAUAUGUAUAUGUAUAACUGAUUCACUUUGUUAUAAAGCAGAAACUAACACACCAUUGUAAAGCAAUUAUACUCUAAUAAAGAUGUAAAAAAAAAUCUCCCACGUGAAAAAAAUAAAAAAAUAAAAUGCUUCAUUUUUAAUUUGGAUGUUUCUACUAGAGGCUUUUAAUUUGGAACUUAGUUCUUUUGCAUGUUUGUCAAUUCUAGAUGUAUUAAAAUGGGAAAAAAUACCAUGAUAUUAAAAAAAAUCCCUAAGAUUUAUAUGUGUUCAUAUUUAGGCUUCUGAAAGGAAGAUAAAUCAUUUUAGGAAAGGAUGUUCAUGUUCUGAAACUUGCUUGUAAAACCCUGAUCUCAUUUUACAUUGAUAUUAAAACAUUUUAACAAUG